CAACAGUCCCGCUUCGACAGAGAAAGUUGCUUUUGUUCAGUAGAAAUAAUGGAAACAUAAAGGGUGAGUGUUUCCCACUAUAUGAAGGCGGAGUUUUCUCCCUGAGGUCCUGAGCCAAACUGGUGUUAUGUAACUGAUUCACCGCUUCUCAUCCUGAUGUUGAGUUACUCCAAAGUUUACAGCCAGUCAGAGCAUUGGAAUAAUGUCACCAGAGCUCAGUUCUGCAGAUGAGGAGAAGAGGAGUUUAGGGAAAUUGGCCUUUAGAGCUGAUUUCUAGCCAAAGAUCUGUCUCACUAAUUGAGAACUGACCUUAAACACAGCCAAGGAUCAAGUUAUUGUUGGUUAAUAUUCAACUCUGGCAGCUUCUCGCUGUGCCUGAAGGGGGAUUUGGAAAUGGCACUUUAGAUUUUGGGAGCAGCCAGACACACUGAACAUGGGCAGCGGUCCGAGCCGAGGGAAGAAAGUCGCUCCUGCGUGUAUCAGCGAGGUGAACGUGACCAAAACAACCGCCGGGGUCCCGUCACCCAAACAGGACAGCCGCAUAUUCAAGCCCCUGAAGAUCCACGCGGUUUUACGCAACGCGCGCAACCGUGCGCAACCGGACUGCCACAGCCAGGGGCCCGACUCCGACUUCUCCGGGGAGGACGAGGACAUCGAUGCAGAGCUGGACACGGUCCUCGCGGACUAUGAGGAGCGAGAGAGGAUCACGGCGAAGAAACAACCUCCCAAGAAGACUUUUAUGAAAUCCAAAACGUACGGACUGUGCCACCUCGGCCGGGAGGACACGGAGGACGAAGUGAGCGCGGCUCCUCGGCUCAGCGCGUCUGGAGGAGCCGAGGAGCCACGUGUCCCCCGCGGAGGAUCUGAAGAUGUAAACAAGAGGAGCAAUGAUGCCUUCACACACUUAAAAAAACCCACAGUGUGCACCAGUCAGCACAAUUCCUCUUCCUCCUCCUCUUCCUCCUCACGGGGCUUUUUGAAAAGAGGGUCUCCGCUGGACUCUGUGCCCACAUCAGAAAAACAAUCGACUUUUGGCAGCUGCCACAGCUCUUCUCUCACCAUGCCAGUCAUCCUGUACGAUGGAUCUGAAGAGAAGCUGAUGGACACUAUUGAGCGAGAGUUUAGUUGACCCCCCCUCCCCCCCAGCUGAUGAGCUACUGUCCCUGGGAUUAUGUCUUUAUAUGGGAUACAACAGUUUGAGAGAGGGGACCAGGGUUGAUUCAGACAAACUCCCUGCGACACGGGGAAGGCUACACUUCACUGUAUUCAUGCAGGGUCUUAAGUCUUACUUAACAACAAGAGACAGUGUAAUUCCAGAGUUAAUACAGCAGCAGCCUGAGCAGAUGGCAGGAGGUUUUUCCUCUCAGACACCAGAGCUGUGGACUGACAGAGGCCUGCUUGGUUUGUUGUCUGCAGUGGUGAGGUUUCACCCUCUCAGUCCUGCCGACCUCCCACAGAGCAUGCACCUUAUUACUUAACCUUACUUUAACUUGUCUGUUAAUAGGUGAAGGAGUGAACGCAGACAUUUCUCUAAUAGCCGGAGCUGCACUUUCUGCACAUUUCGGCACAUUCUUAAGGGCGUUAUAUAUGCAAAGAUAACAUUUUCCACCAGCAGCACAUCAUAAGGUUAUAUGUUCUCAUGAGUGGCAGCAACCGUGCAGAGGUAUGAGCUGACAUCGUUUAUUUAAGGUUUCCUUCCUGACCACAGUUCUUGCUUUUCUCCACCCUGGAGAAGAAGGAAUGUGUGGCAACACAGAGACUUUGAGUCAGACCCAGGUUGACACAUUCAAGCAUAAGGGCCUGCUGCCGCCUAGUGGUGGAACCGAGUAGCUGACAUGCAUGAAAGAUUCUGUAAAUUCUUCAUCAACAAAACUUGUCACUGUUCGAGGAAAAGUACAUUUCAAACAGGAGGAUUUUGUAAUUUUUUGGUUUAUAUUGCAAUUAAAAAUGGACUAGAUCAUGUGA